CAGAACGUUCGUUGCAGUUGAAUUGAAAGAAGAAAUAUGGGAGAAAAGGGCAGUGUUCAGAAAGGUGUAACAAAGCAAGCUAACCCUGGGAAGGCUACGAUCUUAGCUCUUGGCAAAGCUUUUCCUCAUCAGCUUGUGAUGCAGGAGUAUUUAGUUGACGGAUAUUUCAGAGACACCAAUUGUGACAAUCCUGAGCUCAAGCAGAAGCUCGCUAGACUCUGCAAGACAACUACCGUUAGAACAAGGUACGUGGUGAUGUGUGAGGAGAUACUGAAGAAGUUUCCAGAACUGGCGGUUGAAGGGCUUCCAACUGUAAAGCAAAGGCUAGAAAUAUGCAAUGAAGCAGUGACACAAAUGGCAAUUGAAGCGUCCCAAGUUUGUGUCAGGAACUGGGGCAGGCCUUUAUCAGACAUAACCCACUUAGUUUAUGUCUCUUCAAGCGAAGCCAGACUUCCUGGUGGUGACCUUUAUCUAGCCACAGGUCUAGGACUCAAUCCUCAGACUCAACGAACAAUGCUGUAUUUCAUGGGCUGUUCUGGAGGUGUCUCUGGCCUUCGCGUUGCAAAAGACAUAGCAGAGAACAACCCCGGAAGCAGAGUCCUGCUAGCUACUUCUGAAACUACAAUUAUUGGGUUCAAACCACCAAGUGCAGAUAGACCCUAUGAUCUUGUCGGGGUAGCACUAUUUGGGGAUGGUGCUGGAGCCAUGAUAAUCGGGUCGGAUCCUAUAGUGGGAAUUGAAAGGCCUCUCUUUGAGCUUCACACGGCGGCACAGAAGUUCCUGCCACACACACACAAGAUAAUUGAUGGGAAGCUAACAGAGGAAGGGAUAAGCUUCAAGCUAGCAAGAGAGCUUCCUCAGAUAAUUGAGGACAACAUCGAAGGGUUCUGUGACAUGUUAAUAGCAGAUGUUUUUGGGUUCAAAGAGAACAAGGAUUAUAACAAGCUGUUCUGGGCUGUUCAUCCAGGUGGUCCUGCAAUUUUGAAUCGGAUAGAGAAAAGGCUUGAUUUGAUGCCAGAGAAGCUGAAUGCAAGUAGAAGGGCCUUAAUGGAUUAUGGAAAUGCCAGUAGCAAUACUAUAGUGUACGUGCUAGAGUAUAUGAUGGAGGAGGAUCACAAAAUUGAGAGCGAUGACAGAGAGGUUUCUGAGUGGGGAUUGAUUCUGGCUUUUGGACCUGGCAUAACUUACGAGGGAAUUCUGGCCAGGAAUUUGAGCGCCUGAUUGAUUACUUAUCUUCAUACAAGUUCUGAACUUUGAAAAAAUAGUAACAGCCGCCAGUUUACAUAUAUAAAUAACUUCUAAAGAGAAGAGUUUUAUUAGUUCUAUCUCCUAUUCUUCUUU